UGGUGGCUGUUUUGUAGAUGUGCAAGGCUAACCAUACCCCCGUAGCUUUCUUGUCCACAUCGAGAUCAAUUCACUCAAAACAAGUGGGUGGAAUAGCGCGGAGGAUAUGUUCUAAUUUAUUUACAAUACACGCCAUAAAGAGAAAGGUGUCGCCGCAGCACAGGCCACUUUAGUAAGUUUCCAUUUCAGAAUCAAAUCUGUCACCAAUUGUGUGCUAACGUUAGCAUAUUUAGCUAGUAGGGAUAGCGGUUGCUAAGUGCUACCAGCUUGACUCGGAGCUCUUGAGAUAUGGUCAUACAGCUGUUUUGUUAAUAUACAUCUCAGCAGGCUUUAUUGAGAUUUUAAAGGGGCUGAAAAACGGUAAACUGUUUUCAAAGGGUAGUGUUAGGUGUAGCUGGUCUGCUAACUAUACUGUGGGCAUUGGCUAGCGCUGCUAACCGGCUAAUUCAAUGCUAAUCACACCUGGCUAGGCGAGCAUGGUUGCUGCUGGGUAAUGUGAGCAGAUUGAUAUCAUUCUUUGUCUAAUUAAUCUUAUUUUUUUAGGCAGCGAUGUCGGGAAUAAAAAGGAAAAUAGAGGGUAGUGACCCCGACUAUGAAGACAUUUCGCUGGUCCAAAACAGCAAAAGAAACAAAGUGGUUGAACAUAAUGGUAAGUCCAUAUUGUGGAGAAAGUGGAGAUGGUACACCUGCUUUUCAUAAUGUGACAGCUUAUAACUGAGUGUACUCUGCUGAUCCCAACUUUUGAUACAUUAUUUUCAGCCCGGGAAGCUACUGUACAGAAGAUCGAGACCAUCAUCAGAGAGCAGUUUGCUUUGGAGAUGAAAAACAAGGAGCAUGAAAUAGAUGUGAUCAGUCAAGUAUGUACACGAUUCUGAAAACUCUUUCUGUAUGUAUCACUUUAAUCAUGUCAGUGAUAGGUAAAUAUGUUGACCAUGCAUGCAACUUCCAGGUCAUUUUGUGUGCUGAGGGACAAAGCAUUUAACUCAUAGUUUCUCUCUUGUUUUAGCGACUCAAUGAAGCCAGGAGGAUGAUGGAUAAACUAAGGGCAUGUAUAGUAGCUAAUUACUAUGCAAAUGCUGGUGUUGCAAAGAUCUCAGAGGUAUGUCUUCACACUCAAAAGAUAGACAUCUGCCAUCUGUCUAGGUAGUAUCAAAGUAAAGCAGAUGAAACCAGCAUCUUGUGUUUUUCCCCCUAGCAUUCUACGAAGAGUGACCCUGCUGUGCUGAACCAUCCAGCCAUCCGUCGGUUCCUAGAGUCCCCGUCCCGUUCUUCUUCCCCUCUCAACCAAGGCUCUGAGACUCCUUCUCUGGCUCACUCUGAAUCUGAGACCCUCUCCCAGCAAGGAGAAGGAGCUGAGAGGGAUGGUGAGGGAGCAUGGAGAGAGGACGGCAGUAGGCAGGAGCGCAGGCCUGGGCGCAAUACAGGCAAGGUGAGCAAAACCAACAAAGGUUACUGGAUCCUGUGGAUAUUUGAUCAAAGGGAGGCGUGUUUAAGAUCAGUCCUGCAUCUUUUUGUCUUUUAUCAGUCCUGCUAUUCUUCUUUCUGUGUUGCAGGACACAUUUGGUGUACCAUCGUCCAGCGGAGCAGAGCAGAGGGUGACCUACCACUCAACUGGAAAUGAGGCCUCCAGACUCUAUGCAAAGAAGACAAUCGUAGUGGGGAAUGUGUCUAAGUAUGUAACUCGGCUAAAAAGUAUUAUGAAAUCAGUAAUAUUUUUGGCAAAGCGUUUUGUAGAGCAGGUCUUUCCAUUGAAAGGCCAGAUACCAAAGUCAUGAGUUAGUUUAAAUUGGAUAAAGUUACAUAAUAUUUCAAUGCUUUGUUCUUUGAUUUUCUUUAUAUGAACAGUGGAAAAGGUUUCAGAUUAUUAACAUACCGUUCUUAAUUUUACUUAAGAAGGACUGCACACCUCAAACAUGUAACUUGAUUCUCUUGAAACCUGAGAUAUGUUUAAAGCAAUAUGUGUUCAACUAGGGAUUUCCUUACAUAUAUAGAGCUGUAGGUGAAAUGUUCCAGGAAAUAGUUAUCAAUAAGUAACAUUUAUGAGACAGCUUUGAGUUGUAACAUUCUUCAAAGCUUCUGGAGUCCUUUUAAAAUGCGGGAAUGGCAAUAUAGACUAUCUUUACAUAAAUGGCUUUAAUGAAAAUUUAAGAACAAUUGGCUCUGUUAACUGCGUAUGAGUAUAUAAUAACUAAAAACGUGCUGUAGACUUUUUUUUUUUUUUAACUGAGGUGCUGCCUUUCCUCAAACAGGUUUGUCUUCAAAAUGUCCAACUUGUUUAUUCUUUAAAAACCCCAGUCUCAGCUGAAUUUGUCUUGUAUUUGCAUGAAUGUUAACUGAGGGGCCAAUUCGUAAUUGGUUUUCACUACAAGCCCAGUCUUGAUGCAGUUAAACGGUACCGUCCUCAAACUUAACCUCCCUUACACCUGAGUUGAUCUUGAUCAAUCACAGUCUCUAGAGACUUCUAUGCUCAGGGUAAUAUAAACCCCAGGUCAAAUUCAGGGAGUUUUAGUGACAGGGUCCAUGUGUCUUAUUCGUACCAAAUAUCUCUGAGAGUUCUCCUGGAUAAUUUUGUAUGUGCCACUGUGUGUGGAUUGUACAUAAAAAGACAGAUUUAACCCUGACAUAACAGUUAUGAUAAAAUAUGAGACACAGGAUAAGGUGACCUCAAGUUGGCAAUCAGAAAACUAACUUCGUUAUCUGUCAUUAUAAGCGUUUCAUUUUCUGACAUGUCCUUUGUACAAUUAUCAAGAGGUAUUUGCACUUAAUGUUCAUGUGUGGCUUGUCCUUAAAAAUCUUUUCUCUCCUGAACUUUUUUCCUGUCUCAACCUUAAUCCUCUGCUCUUCCCUUCGUUACUUUCAAAUACGUUUUGGCAAAAUACCAAGCAAGAGCUCUAGCUCCUUUACAGUGCUGUCUGCCCUGCAGGCUUCAUUCAUGUCCUUGUUUUACUUUGUGUGUAAACUCAGAGACCUCUGUCUUAGACAACCCUUAUGUUUAUGACCUUUAACUUUCCAACUUUGUCCUCUCAACCUCAGGUACAUCCCCCCGGACAAGCGGGAAGAAAAUGACCAGUCUACCCAUAAAUGGAUGGUGUACGUCAGGGGCUCCAGGAGAGAACCCAGCAUUGACCACUUUGUUAAGAAGGUCUGGUUCUUCUUGCAUCCAAGCUACAAACCCAAUGACCUUGUGGAAGUCAGGUGUGUCCCAGUCUGUUUUUCUACAUUUUUGGGUUUGACAAAGUGUGCAAACGCUUUUUGCAUGUUUUCUGAUAAAGGCGGUGCUUCUCUCUUAUCAUAAAGAAUGCACCUCUCUGUAGCUUUGUGUUUCCCUGGGGCAAAAUUAGAAGUGAGAGGCACAAGGUUGAGCUUGUUCCAAUAGAGUGUUGCUCAUAGACACAAUGUUUACCUUCAGACUUUUGUUGUUAUUACUGUCGGGAGUUUGCCCCACCUCUUUCCAUAUACGCAUAGUUACAGUGAGUUAGGAAACAACUUUGAAUUCAAAAACCUGGAUGCAUGAAAGACUGUGUAUGAUCAGCCAGCAAUUUAAUUGUUACACCUUUCAGAUCUGUCUCCAAGUGCAAAAUGAGUUUACUCGACAGUGAAGAGCCCACUUUUAAAAUCCUAAUACAAGCAGUGCCCCCUUGUGGAUAUUUGAUCCAGUCUUGAAACCACAAAGUAGAGUUAGAAGUACAAAAACAAUAUUUUUUUCCUUGAUGACUAACAUCAAAUGAACCUUGAAAGAGGCUAUUGUUAACACAAAUCAGUAAUAAUCAUUAUCCAGAUUGUAAACACACAUAAUUAGGUGGGGCUUGUUGUGUGAAGGAAAGUGAGUCAGACAAGAAGUCAACUUCAGUAUGACUAAUCGUGGGCACACCUAAUUCACACACAUGCUGCUUAAACUCAGACAAACAUGCGUGUGAAGUGUUUGCCUCAGCCUGGAGCGCUGAGGUGUGUAGAGAGGUGUCACACAGCCUCAAGUUCAGCGAUUUAGAUGUUUCAUUUGAGUUCUUAUCCUCCAAAAGUCAUAGAGGAUUUAAGUGUGCCCGCUCCUGGCUUCUGAAUAAAUGAUCUCUUUUCUUCAGUCAGCAAUCCUUAUCCUGAGCUGUAGCCUCCUGGCUGUUACAGCUGACAAGGCAAUCACGUCGGUGCAUCACAGCGGCUCAUAAGCUCCAUCUGACUGACUCAAGUCUCGGUUCCCAGUGAACCCCACGCAGGCCUGUUGGUCUCUGCUGACACUCAGCAUGGCUUGAAUGUUGAUGAAGGGAUAAAUGAAAGAAAGAAAGAGAAGAAAAACUGCAUCAAUAGUUGAACAUAUUUGAACAGAUGCAGAAGAAUCUACAUGCACAUACUCAUGGCCUUGUCUGUGCAGGCCGCCAAAUCAUCUUCUUUUCUGUGAGCCUAAAACCUCCAGCUUCAAAGGGGGAGAAGAUAAGAGUCCUUCAAGUCAUUGAUUUUCACAUAUUUCUGAUCAAGUCCGAGUUUGUACCAGUGUGAGAGCUUUUUAUUUCUCUUUGAAAGUGAGGCCAACUAUUUCAAUCCAGCAGCACAAUUUGAUAAAGUUGUUUAAGAAGCUGUGUAUGUGUCUUUUCUCUUUAGCGAGCCCCCCUUUCAUUUGACUCGUCGAGGUUGGGGCGAGUUUCCCGUGAGGAUCCAGAUCCACUUCAAAGACCCUCGUAACAAGCGUAUCGACAUCAUCCACCAGCUCAAGGUCAGACCAGAUUACAGAGCACAUUAUCAACUCAGCUUGUUUUUCUCUUGAGUUAGACGCAAAGUUUUUCCAUACAAUUUUAAUUAAGCCUCUUAUUGACACCCAAUUCAUUCUAAUAUAUGUUUUAGACCUUGUAUUUUUGCGUUUUUAUAUUAGAAUACUUUAUUUAUACCCUUGAUAAGGACAAAAUAUUUGCAGGCAUAUUGUGUUUCUUGAGGUUUUAAACCUGCUUUGUAGGUUUUGGGCUUGUCAAAAUUAGUUGAUGAGCCAAACAUAUAAAAAUACGUUUUAAUAGCAGUUUUUCAUCUUUAUGUCACUUAAAUAACUCAUUUUAAGUAGAGCAGUGGCUCUCAAGUCCAGUCCUCGAGGUCCACUGUUCUGCAUGUUUUGGAUGUUCCCCUGCUCCAACACACCUGAUUCAAAUGAUCAGCUCGUUAAGCCAUUCCAGAACUUGAUAACGAGCUGAUCAUUUGAAUCAGGUGUGUUGGAGCAGGGAAACAUCCAAAACAUGCAGGACAGUGAGCCUCGAGGACUGGACUUGAGAACCACUGGAGUAGAGGAAAAUAAGAAAAUGCUUGGGAUCUCCACCAUUUUUCUUCUCUUGUUUCUUCACUUCGUCUGCUUCUUCACUGAUUUAAAAAUCAGUUACAACCAUGUGUCAGUCCACCUAAGAAGACCUUUACCACUUAUAUCUCUUUUAUUUAUAUGAAUCAUUUUACUCCAAAUUCGCUUGACCAUUAAAUAAAAGCAGGAAUAUUGUUGUGCUUUGUGUUUGUAAUAGUGAUGGGAUUUAUGGCUCUCUGAGGGGAGUCGGAUCUUGAAGAGCCGUUUGUUUCAAAGAACCGUUAAAAAGACUGUCCUAUUGUUAUAUUUGUUUAAUUUUUAGAAGUCAACCAGGGCUUCACAUCCUACCAAUAUGAACUCUAUGGAUGGGAAUUAUUCAGAAAUAUUGAUUAUAUUGAAUUUGGUUUGUCUUUUCAUUGUAAACAUUCCAUAAGGUGGUGCCAUAUCCCCAUACUUGUACAGUGAGAUCACUAUUUUGGAUUUUUCCCUCACCUGAAAACUUUGUGGCACAAUGAAAAUUAUGUGGGAUAACUAAUAAAAAUGAAGACAUGAUAAAAAUGUGAAUGCAAAAUUGUAAAAUCCCACUUAGUGUUUGGGGCACACAGGUGACACAUGAAGGCAGCAUGGGCAGUUUGGAUAUCAGGACAGCUUGAAAAACGAAUGGCUCACCACUGUGAACCCAUUCACAUCAUUCACUUAAAAUAGCCAUUCGACUAGACUGACUAUCAAUCAAUCAAUGAAUUUUUAUUUAUAUAGCGCCGAAUCACCGCAGUUGUUAUCCCAAGACGCUUUCCAAAAAGAGGAGGUCGAAAUCUGAUUCAAAGUUAGUUCAGUAAAGGCUGACCAAACGAGAAGACAAAAUGUUACAGUUUUUAACCCACAGGAACGUUUUAAAUCAUAAGAGCAAACUUGUAUGCUUUUGAACUACUGUGAUUUAUAGUUGUGAUGGAGUUCUCCGACUGCUCACGUAGGCCUAAAUUUAUCAGGUUAAAAGAUUAAAUACAGAGAGUGUUGAUGAUGACCUCUGUUUUCUUUGCUUUCAGCUUGACAGGACAUACACAGGACUGCAGACACUUGGGGCAGAAACUGUAAGUUAUAACAUUUUGCCCCGACUCCUGCAGUGAGUUAUUUAUUUUUUUUAAUCUCAGGAGCUUGACUCUAACUGUGAGCUAUAUUUGUUCCAGGUGGUGGAUGUGGAGCUCCAUAAGAACUCUCUUGGGGAAGACUACCUCCUUCAGCCCUCUUCCUCCAAGGUGACUCGCAGAGCAGCCAGCCCCAUAUUGGCCACCUCCGUGCCCCAAAGUUGUGAACGCUCCACUUCCCCCAUAUCACAUGAUCCCAGUGCAGAUAAAGGUACACACUGAAAUAUAUAUUCCCUUAGACAUGAUGCUAAAAAAGCAUACCUACAUUUUUGUCAGUUGACCUUUACCUGCAUUUCUAAAUCUGUAACUCUUUCACAGAUUGCAUAAAAUGGCUUCAGAUGAGUUUUAAUGCGUUCAUGAAUAAUUGUCCAUAUUCUUUCAGCCUUCAGCAAAGCAGAGACUGGGAGGUCUGCGGGUGGCCAAAGCGCUGGCCUUACCGCUGGUGAGCGCACCCCAACACGACCAAAAGUCAGCGACAGGAUCACCCUGGGUUCUCAUGGCAACUCGGCAUUCCAGCCCAUCACAGCAAGCUGUAAGAUCGUCCCACAAGGACAGCCCCCUAGCCCUGCUGAGUCUCCUGGGAAAUCGUUCCAGCCGAUUACGAUGAGCUGCAAAAUAGUUUCAGGUGAAUGUCGGCAUUUGGUAAAAAAUCACACUGUGAUCAUCUGGAAAGAAUUUGUCAUUUUAAAAUCACAUUCUUUAUAAAGGAGAUAUUGUGUAUGUACCAUCCUAACAUCAGAACUUUAAAGCUCAACAAACUUCGACUUGAUUAUUUUAAUAAGUAAAAAGAAUUCAAUCACUUCAACAGAUUGAUGUGCAAACAGAAAUACCAAUAAGAAUCAAGAAAGCUAUUACUGUCCAAUUCACAGCAUUUUACUACAAAGAUCAUUUAAAACUGUUUCGGCCCAUGUAACUUUUCUUUCUCCUGCGUCAGGAACUAGUUUACUUUGAAGAGCUUCAUUUUAACUCUACUUUAUCAAGAAAAGUUUCCCAUGUUCGCUUUUCAUCUCAUGGUCAUCAUAAUUUCUCCCGCAGGGUCUCCGAUCUCCACCCCGAGCCACUCCCCGCUGCCCCGCACACCCACCUCCUCCACCCCUGUCCACACCAAGCAGAGCUCCUCAUCAGUGCUCAACAACCCUUACAUCAUCGUCGACAAACCGGGCCAGGUGAUCGGCAUGACUUCCUCAUCCGCCGCCUCCACAGGUACUCCCACUCCCACUCGGUGUCAAAGUGCCGCUCGAAAAUCGGAUGUGGACUUGCAGCAAAAAUCUAGAAGCGGUGUCUGAGCUGCCCACACAAAGAUCCAAAAAUGCACUCUGUAGCAAAGGAGAUUAUGAGCAAUAUACCCUAGAGUCGUCUCUUUUCCUCUCCCCCUAUUUUGGUUCUUUUUCUCUUUGUCUUUCUCUCUGACCCUCUUUUGAUCCGGCUCUUUGUACUCAUUCCCAUCUGUUUUUUUUUUUUUUUUCUGUCUCCUUUUUUGUUCCUGUUUUGUGCUCAUAAAGUCUGACGUGUGGUGAGCCAGCAGAAUGCAUACUGGAUGAGAGGUUGCCAUGGUGACUGAGCGGCUCUGUUUCAUGGCCAGAUUAGGAGCAUUAGACCCAACACGCAAAUCAAGUUUUAUUUGCUUUAGUGUGUUACGCGUGUAUACCUCCAUUAAUGAGGUGUGCAGUUAUCCAGAAAGAUGAGGAAUGGAGUGUGACGCUUUUUAGGGCGUCGCUCUGUCAUGUAGCGGAGUCAUCAUACAUCAGUAGGUUGUUGGCUCACAUCAGUAGCGUCAGAUCUGAGAGAUUCCACUUAGGUGCUCUUUUCCUCUGGAUUGCUAACUCUCUCUCUCUCUCUCAGCCACUCCCACAUUCCCACUCCAAAGCACAGCUUAACUAGAUCUGGCUGCAGGGCUUUGAGUGCUAUUAAGUGAUGUUCAGUGAUGUUCUAUCAAACUGGAUAAGGUUAUUGUAGGUGUUGUGGCUGACUCACCAACUCAGGGAUGAAACAAACUUAAAGCAGUAGGUAAAGAAUGAAACUUUGGUGGUGCUCAGCGUAGGGAGCUAAACCUCUUCCUUUAGUACCAAUUGUUUCUUUAAUGUCUGCAGGAAAUAGGACAGGAGCUGCAAUCAGCCAAAACAAGUACUGCCCACUAAGAUGUGACAUAUUGUGUAAUUUUUGUGCGCAUUUACUCCACAGGAAGCCCCUCAGCCAAACAGUCAGCUGCACACGGCACGCGCUCUCCUGCCCCAAAAGUUCACACUGGCACCUUCCUCUCCUCAGGGGUGAAGGUGAGUCGUAGCAUCUUUCCAGCGUCACCCUUUUAAGAGAGAAAAGCUGAUGACUCCGAGCAUUUCUUCAUUCUGAUCUGUUCCCGCCACUGGAAAGAUGGUCUCUCCCUGUGGUAUCUGUGUCUUUAACAAAGCAGGGUGGUAUUAAUAGAAGGCCUGGGUGCUAUCUUCAGCAGAUGUGAGUGCCUUGGCAAGCAAUUUAAAUGGGACAUCACUCCGAUGAUAGGAGGGGGUUGUAGAGAGAAUUGUAAGGGAGAAUUGCAGUUUUGUCUUACUCCGUGUCAAUACUGAGCUAUAAAAUCCCCACACUGACAUACCGCCAUCGUCCCAUCACCAUCCACAAAGAUUCAAAAUGACUUCACUCAAAAUUUCUGCUUGAUCGCAGUGGUGUGCUCAUUGACUCUGUUGGAGCAUCUGCUAUAACACUAAAUGCCAGCGCAGAUUGGUACAGAUGGGAAAGAUAAAAACAUCUCCUUGAUGAAUAAAUGAUGAAGCUGAUUUGAUAAAAUCUGUUCUGAGAAACAAAUCGCUUCUCCUUCUCUCACUGCUCAGCUGCUUGUAGCCUCUUCAAAACAAGCUUUACUGUCAAGUUCUCUCAUGUUGGAUAUUAAACAAUGAGUUCCUGAUCACGCGGCUAUUUUUAAACUUAUUAUAGCGGCUCCAUUGUCCAAAAAAAAACUGUUGAUUUAAAGCAUUGUAUCGACCCCGAUAAGAUCCUCUCAUUCAUGUGCACUCUUGUACAUUUCCUGUGUAGGUUAUUAUUAAGCAGGAGCCUGGGGAAGUUUCCACACAGCAGCAGCAGAUGGUUUCCACAGUAACCAGCCAGCAGCAACCUACCACUACAGCAGCACACCAGUUUGUCGCAGUGAAGGGAGGUCACAUGAUCUCCAUGUCGGCUCAGAAACAGGCAGGAGGGUCUACAGGGGCCACUACUAGCAAGGUCUCUUUUUCAUCUAUCCCCAAAUGCAUAUUAACUCCAACCAUGUUCUUACUGAAGCACUUAAUGUGCGCUGUAAUUUACAGUCAUUCAAGAGGUACUUUUGGCAUUUCUCUCAUUUCCAGAUGUUGGGCAUUCCCGUUAGCUCGACACUCCAGUCUGCAGUCAAACAGGUGGCUAUCAGCAGUGGACAGAUUCUGGUUGCCAAGGGGAACCCUUCUGUCUCGAAGGUGAUGAGCGGGAAGCAGGUUUUGGCUCAGGGAGUUGCUAAAGCCAUUGUCAGCGGAGCCAGUGGCAUCACCGGGCAGCAGUCUACUGGCAAGGCGGCCGGUGGUUCAAGUGGCAAGAGUGGAGGUCUGAGUUCACACAGACACAGACAGACAAGUUCACAUCAUUUGUUUUCACAUUCUUUACAAGUUUCUGACUGUAUUGUAGAGUCUGGUGAUUACAUAGGCUUGAUUUUUAUUUAUUUGCAACAUUUAUUUGAAUUCCAAGGAGAGAAUAUAAAUUUGUCAUUUUGGUUUUAAUUUAGAAAUGGAUGGCUAAUUUGUAUUUCUUUCUCUGUAUGUCCUUAGUCAUGGCUACUCUUCAGCUGCCAGCCAACAACCUGGCCAAUCUGGCUAAUUUACCUCCAGGUACCAAGCUCUACCUGACCACCAACAGUAAGAACCCCUCUGGGAAGGGAAAGCUGCUUCUUAUUCCGCAGGGGGCGAUCCUCCGGGCCUCCAGCGCAAGUGAGACACUCUACAUCCUUUAUACAUCUUUUAGUGUCGACAUUGGAAAAAGUCACUUGAUUGGUUCAAAUCUAUCAAAAUCAAUCAAAAUUUUAUUUAUAAAAUGCUUUUCAUACAAAACAUGCAACACAAAGUGCUUUACAGUUGAUUAAAAACAGUCCAAUGUCCUUCUACCCAACAACCUUACCCCCACAACCAUACAACCGGCAUUCAACAGUCACAACCAAAGCCACACACACACAUGCAGAGUACAGAUAAAGCAGAGUACAGAUGAUGAUGUACAGAUGGUUCAUAAAUGACACAGUCUAGCACACUUUGCAUGUGUCUUGUACCGAGCAGAUAUGUAGUUGACCGCCUGGGUUAAGCCUACUUCUAAAAUGGUGUUAAAGCUCAAAUCAGCUGUAGAAUUAAAGUUCAGACACAAAACUUAAUAAGAUAACUUCAACAGAUCUCUUUUAGACAGUGAGACAGUGUAUUGUUUUGAAGCAUCUACUACUUUUGUCUUCUGAUUUGUAAAGUCUGCUGUUAGGGCUCACUGUUUAUCUUUUAACGUGCAGUCCUUAAAUACAAAGGAGAGGAUAACAGUAGUGGUGUGCGAAGAUGCUUUCAUAGACAAAAAGGUUAUCGAAAAAGGAAAUGGAACUGGAGAAGUGAUCCUCUGUUUCCUCUAGCUGACCUCACCAUAAGCUGCUUCAGGUGAAAGUACGCUAUGUAUUAAAACCAGCCACUGGCAAAAUAGGAGCAGGUGAGCAGAGUGAGUUUACAUUGGUGUAACUUUGUCCUACAGCACUCUGCAAUGCUUUCUUUUUGUCACAAAUCUUUAAUUUUCUGUCCUUGUGCAUAUUCUGCACUAGAGUAAAGCGUAUGUAGCUGGGACGGCGGUUUGAGACUAACAGACACUGACACACAAGUGUGCAGGUGACUCAGUAUCCAGGGUUAGUGUCCCAGCCAGACGGCCUUUGCCCUGACAUUUCCCCCAUGCCUGAAGUCGUAGACAGUAGUAUUAAAAAUGUCAAUGCUCUUGGCUCAUCAUGAAGUUUCAGGGAGAACGAGAGACACUCUGCUGACUGUGACUUACAGACAUUGUGAGCUACUUUACCUCCUGGACAAUGAGUCAGUCAGAGUCAUCCUUGUCCUUCUGGCUGGUUACUUAUUGUCUACUUGGAGCCAGAAUUCCUCAUGACGUAUGAUUCUCCUUCAAUUAAGAUGCAAGAGAUUUAGCAGCGUCUCAGUCCUCAAAGUUCUCGUCAUAAAACAACAUCCCACUGUGUUAAAAAACAUGCCUAUGUAAACUUGCCUGAAUGUACACAUGAGUAGUUGGUGUGAUAUACAGACUAACAGGAUUGUUUUCCAAAUCAGAGACUGAUGCGAAUUUGGCUGUCUGUAAUUUAGGUCAGCAGUCCCAGAGCAGCUCGUCAGCAGGCGCUGGGGGCUCACAGACCUCCUCCUCCUCGUCCUCUUCCUCUUCUAGCAGUCUGCCUUCCAACCUCUCCUACACAUCCUAUAUCCUCAAACAGACCCCACAGGUUGGUAGAAACACUUUAAACAUUGUAAUGGACACCUUUAGAACAGUCACAUUCACACUAGAAACAUUUCUCUUUGAUGUCUUGUGUUUAUUGUGAGUUUCAGUUUUCUCUGAUAUAUACUUGUAUUUCUGCAGCUUAUUUUAAGCAUUGCAUCACAUGCUUGAUCAAAGUCUGCCAAAAUUACUCACAUUGUCUUCAAACUGUGUUAAAACAGGGUUUUAGGUUUUGCUCCCGUAUGGCAUUAUAAAAAAAAAUGCACACAUAUUCUGGAAAUGCAGUUCCUGCUCCUCAUUUUUUUGUUUUCUUGCAGGUUAAGCCUGGUUUGUUCUUAAUUAGAUACAUUACAUUACAGCGGCAUCGAUCCAGCUGUCAGCUUUAAAACCACGCCGUGUCUGCGUUUAGCUCGCAGCCUUUACUGAAGUUAUCCGCAGAGGUUUCCACCUUGGAUUCCGGUUUGGAUCCUGACUGUGUGUUUUUACAAUAAUCAAUCUUUAAGACGCAGAAUGGUUCAAAGUGUUUUUUUAAUCAAACCUUGCUCUUUGUAGUUAAUGCUCUGCAAAAGUUUACGCACUAGUGCACAGAAAGGCACAAAUCUACACAGACAUUGAUCUAGUACAGAGCUAAUAGAUGCUACACAUGUAAGAAGAAAUGCAACCAGAAGUACCUCACGGUUUGGGUUCGGCUUCCCCAGUUUCCACCUCUUUAUGUUGUGUAGAUUAUCUUACUGAACGUUGUAUUUCUCCCUUAAAUCUAAUCCUGCUUGUGUAUGAUACACAGGGAACAUUCCUGGUUGGUCAGCCAGCUACAAGCUCAGGAAAGCAGGCAGCCUCCAGUUCAGCCGGUCAAGCAGCAUCAUCUUCAUCAAGCGUCACCCAGCAGGCCAUCCGCGUAACAGCCGGCCAGAAGGCGGCCAUCCUGGCUCAGGUCAGUGUGAGUAACGAGGCUGAGGGCAGGACUUUUUGUGUCAACAAAUAGAAGCUUUUCUGAUUGCCUCUGUAGUGUUGGCCUCCCCACUUUUCAGAUAAACGAAUGUAUGACAUUGCUCAAGGUGAAACUGUACUUUUAAACUCCAUUUAAACACGCAAGUCCAACUGAAACUGCUCUAAAUCAAAUUUCUCCUGCACUUUGUUUUUUCUGUUCCCUUUAUGCCUUUUCCAGUUAAAGCACAUUGUCACUAAUAGAUCCAUGUUUUCCCCCAUUGUUUCAGACCUAAAAUUGAACUAUGUGAUUUCCGUGAUUGACAGGUCGUGGGCAGCUCCCAGGGCGCACAGGUGAAGUUGUCUGACGGCUCGGUGAAGACGGUCACAGCAGCAGGUCACUUAUCGAAGCCGGGAACAACAACACUGAGGAUGACAGGCGGAGUCAUCACUGCCGCUAGCUCCACCCCCAGCUCUGUGAGUGCUGCAGCAGCUGCAGCCAGCCCACAACAGGCUAGUUUACCUGCAUUUCUACUUUCAAUGAAGGACCUUUCUUUUAUCCUUGCAAAGUGGUUAUCUUACUUUCACUGGGUUGUGUUAAAAGUCAAAUUUACACUGAAUCCAGUUUGAAGACACCAAUGACGAGCUUUAAUAUUUUCACAGCUGAUUUUUAAACGUCUGCUGUAGGAAAUAUUCCAGUUGAUAAAUUGUCUUUUUUUUUUAUCUUUUUUUGCUCUACUGGGGUGAAUGUAUUUGCUGCUGCGCUCUGACUUCAUGGUAAAGAGGGCUGAUCCAGAGUGAGUGCUUUAAAGAGGUCAGGAUUAUGUUUGUACCAGAAACAGAAAUGUGAGUGUAUGAGAGGAAACCCCUGAGCAGUUGACAAGCGCUGGUCUGUGUUUAGUUAAUUACAGACUCAGAGUUGAUGUCUCAGUCUCAUUAACUUAAGAAAUAGAAACACAGAAAAAAAAAAAGACUUCCUAGAGGUUUCAGCAUUAAAAACACUGAGCUUAACUAGAGAUGUUGAUGCAAACAGAAGAGAACCUCUUCACUGCAUUUACUGUUUUAGAGAAGCUGUCUAUUCAGGACUGUUAAUUGGACUGUCUGUGAGGGAAAUUGAGUCUUUUGUUUUUGGAGAAUUCCAUAAAACUACUGACCCGAUCGACACAUCUCAAUUUGAGAGCUGCACGGCACUGAAAAACAAAGUGGACUAACACAAGGCAAAGACAGUGAACAAAAACUUGAAAGCCUUUCCACAAUGAGUUUAGCUUUUCUCUCCUUUCUAAACAUCGCAGUAUUUUUAAAUGGACUUGUCACAGUGAUUAAUGCCUUUAUAAUGAACAUGCAGUUUAUGUGUUGUGUCUGCAGAACAGUGCCAAAUAAAGUAGCUCUGUGAGCGAGUUUGUACACUACUUUCUUUGUAGUUGAGGAUAUAUAGGUUGAACUUUCUUCAAGCUCCUCAGAGGAGUUUUUUUGUCUGAAAGAGACUGAAAUGUAAUCUCCUUCAAAAAGUAAACAGGACAAUAAGCAGCAAGAUUGACAGUUGCUACAUUUCAAAUUUGAAUGUCUGUUACUGCUGAGAGGAGGUAGAUGUCAGAGGAGACAAAUGAAAAAUGCAGAAGAAACAGCCCUUUUGACUUUUUUCCUCAGCAAACACUCUGAGUGAGUAACACAUCUAACUAUAGAUGCCUUUAGGAUUGACGUCACAGUGACAUGACAGCGUUAGGUGGUGGCAAAAAGGAAUAAAACUGGAGGCAAAAAUGUAUCACCACCAUCCCCGGGUAGGAUAGGCUGUAUAGGCGAGCUAAAAGGUCAUCUCUUAGUGUUGUUGGUGCAAAAAUAGAAAAGUGUAAUAAUAAUGUCUCGAAACAAAACCAGCCACAUACCAGCAAAAACAAAGCUGACAAAGACAACUAUGAAGGUACAAGAAAAGGACUGGAUGAAGUCAGUCAUCAUUAAUAUCUUCAAGAGCACACAUUUACUGUUAAAUUGAUAGAUAACAUGAUUAAUUUUAAGGGAUAUCGUCAACCUCUGACCUGAUCAGAUAUUUUAGAGGCAUUGAAAAGAAUAUUGGAUUUUUCUUACAAUAACUUUGUUGUUAGAUAAACACAUACAAAGCAAACAAAAUCAAUAGAGCAUCAUGAGGAAGUUGGAGCUCUUCUUAGUCUUGGCGAGCAUCUUUUCAUCUUAUCAAACUGUACUUUAGUUUCUUUAAGGAGAGUCAGGGUGUUUCCGUUUAUUUGCUGGCUGACAGUGUAACAUUUGACCGUGUAUCUCUCUGUCCUUUUCAGGCUGCAGACACUGGUAAGCCUUCCUCUCAGCACCACUCUCUCCUGGUGGCAGCAAACCAAGCAGCAGUAAUCAGUGCAGCCAAGAGCGCCAGUGUGGCGGCUGGAGGCAGCCUGUCAAAGUCAGCGGUGGCCACCCUGGUGAAAGGAACUGGCAACUCUGCCACCUUGACAAAGAGUGCCGCGGGUUCAACAGGAGCGGUGGUUACAGUCGCUAAGGGCAUAACCAACAUGCCAGUCAUCAGCAUGUCUAAGGGUGCAGGGGUAGGGACUGUCGUGGGUGUGCCCAAGAGUGGUGGCACAUCAUUGGUGGGUGGAGCUUCCUUGGUCAGCAGUGUGGCAGCAGGAGGAGGGAAGACAAGUGCAACUCUGUCAGGUAUGAAGAAGAGAGGAAACCAAAGUGUUCUGAUCAAAGUUAGAAACACAAGUCCAGCCUCACAUUUCUCCUCAUCUUUUGUGUGUCGUAUUCAGGUAUGCUAAAGAUCCACUCUGGAGGUUCAAGCUCCCAGCAGACAGUCCUAACCAUUCCCGCCAAUCAGCUCAAGCAGCUCGGUGUUGGCACUGGAUCUGGAGGGCUGCAGACCAUCCUCAUGCCUGUUGGGAAAGGUGAAUACGCCUAAGACAGCAUAAAAAUAUGCCUCAUCGCUCAGCUCAUUUGAAGUGUCUUUUAAGACUUAAAAGACGUCUGCUUUCCAGAAAGGAAAACAUCUUGACCUAAAAAUCUAAAUCACUUCUUAGAGUAGAUAAAAGGCUGUGAAAAGAGCAUUUGAAUAAAACAUGACACAGCACCAGCAUUGAUCGCUUUGUUCCUGCGCUACAUUUUUUUACUUCAAGGUUCUGGUAAACAGUUGCAGAAAUAAGGCAUGUUCUAUCUCAAUUGAUUUCCAAAGCUUUAGAUUAUGGUAGCUCACAGCAGAUUUAUUCAGUUUGCCCUCCUGAAGUUUGAUUUGACCACAUAAGCUGAUUUAUCUGAGACUGAAACUCGAACAUGCUUUACAUUCCUCCCUGCCCAUGGUUACUCAUCUUCCUGCUCUAUCAUUUUUCAUCUGGCUGUUAAGCUCAUUGACCUAAUGGACCAUUGAUCCAUCCUUUGUGUUUGUGUUUGUGUGUGUGAUUUCUUCCGUGUAUAGUGGUGUCUAAAGGCCCAGUCUCAAGCACUGCUUCCCACUCCUCCUCAAUCAUCCCUGGAGCAGCUGGAGCUGGAGCCACCCCGAGUCCUGUCAGCCGCGCGUCCCCCUCCCUUGCCCUGCCUCUGGCACAAGGUGAAAGAGGGGUCCCACCCACUCCACCCUCUUUCCUUUCUCUCUUAACUCUAUCUUUUAUUUAUCCAUUCAGUCCUGAUUGUACAGUUCAAGUGAUAAAAUGCAGUGUGUUUUAGAUUUCAACCCCCCUUAACCAUAUUCAAACAAACAAAAUAUGUUCAUUUUCAGCCUCAAACUUAAUCAGUGUGGAUUUGUCUAAAAAUCUCCCUCUCUGCUGCUACAGUAAAAACCGAACCAGGUGCUGGCACAGCUGUCACAGCUGGUCCCUCGCCCCCUGUGACCACGCCUGCCCACGUGGCCUCUGCAGCUACCACCGUGAAGCAGGAGCAAGGAGCAGACAACACCGCACACGACCUCAUCAAGUAAGCCAGAGAACAAAUCACCUGCCUCUUUAGAGAUCAUUGACUGUUAACAGAAAGGUUCGAGUGAGGGAACAGAUUUAUUUUUUCUUGCUAAAGCAUCAUCAUCUCCAUUUUUAACUCAAUUCAGUUUUUCAAAGCUGUCACACAUUUUUCAGCUUUAAUGCAAGGCUUAAAGAGCACUCUAUCUCCCCAGCAGCCAUUUCAGUGAAUAUUUUCUGCUAAUACACCUGAUAUCUGUGUUUACCUCCUCAGCACUGAGCACAUAGAGACCAUGAUGCAGCUGCUGACAGCUGUGGUUAAGAAGUUUCCUCUGAUUGUGCCAGAAAAGAGUGAGUGAGCUUAGCUUAAAUACUCCACUCCAUUUCUAAAUGCUAAUCCGCUGUGAUUUUUUUUUUUCCAAGCGUUUUUAAUUGUUUGUUUGCUCGUCUGUUUGCUCAGCUGAAGACUCCCAUCCGUUCUGCGCCUCUUCGACAGAACAGUAUUACUCCUGGAAUAUUGGGAAGCGCAGAGCAUCAGAGGUAACUUUUUGUUGUUGAUGUAAGAUCCUGUGUGCUUAUGCAGAUCACAGGCAUGUCCUCCACAUUAAGUGACUCCAGCGCAGUAUUCAUACAGACAUGGUGCUCUGCAGAGAUACAGGGCUUAACACUACUUUUUCAACUUAGGAGCACAUGCCCUCCUUGUGAAAAAAGUUAAGGAGCACACAAAGAACUUUAGGGGCACCAUGAAAGUCGAUCAAAUAAUGUUUGUCUUAUUGGUCGACAGAAGUACUAUUAUUUAAAAUCAAUUUAAGGUCUUUUGGUCACAUGACAUUGAGGCUAUUAAAGAAAAUGUUCAAAAUUUGCCUUUAAAUUUAACACAACAAUUUUUAGAGGACAAAAUAGGGAAAUAAAGAGGUGUGUCUUAAUGUCCGACCUUAGUACUAUUAUUUGAAAUCAAUUUUAGGGCAAUAGAAAGGAAAUGGAAUGGAAGCUAUUGAAGGAAAACAGCCUUUUUGAAAACAUCAACCGGUAAUUUAAUGAUGGUCCCUUAUUCAACACCCGACGUUGACAGCGAGGAUGCGGAGUAGAUUUAACCGCGCUGCUGUUGCUAUUUUCGCAUAUGGAGAGUGAGAAGACAUUGGUAGAUCCACAGUGAAUGUGCAUCGAAUAUCUAACCUAAAACUAACUUCACCGCUGUAUUUACAUGAAAAAAACAUUUGCUGCUUGGCUGAUUUUUUUUUUAUGCGCUCAUGUGGCCCUAAAUACAUUUUACAAUUAGCACACAUUUAUUUUUAGUCGCAAAUGCGAAUGCACUGUCGAGCCCUGAGAUAGUAAACCCAAAGACAGACUCUUUGUCUCACUGUUCAGAGAAAUUAUCACAGUCUCUUCAUUUCUAAAUGAAGCUGAAAAGUCUGAGACUCAAGUCUGAUUCGUGUCGGUGUCUUCUUGAACUGUGCACAGCAGAAUUAAAUACGCAGAUUAAAAUACUUCCAAAAAGAUGUUUUAUCCUCAGUGGUUCAUUACUCUUGGUUACUUUCAAAACAGUCUUAAAAAUAUAAAGUGAUCUGAUUUCAUAAACUCAGUUUUUGUUUGGAUAGUUCAAACUGGGGUUUUUGUGCUCAGGGUUUUAAUGCAGAUUUACAGACUGAAUACUCAAUAAAUAGUACUGACUUAUUUAACAGGUUAAUCAAUAAUAAAAUCAUGCCAUCUUGAAUAUUUAGAUGUGUUAACCACAGGAAUUAAAAGUAUUGGUUGCAUUUAAAAAAAACAGAAAGCAGAGUCUUUUGCUUUCCCAGAAUUCAGUUUUACAUGAAACACUCCCCUGCUUUACAUGCAUAGAUCACCUCCAAUAAAGGUUUAAUAUAACACUGUUUGUUUCUUAGCAUUAUCAGCAGCUUACCAACACUUACCCUCCAGGUUCCAGUGUGAGGGCGUCUUCAAUGCCAGCCAUAAUUUGCAUUGUUUGCAGUUUUGCUCUCUGUGUAAUCUGUCUUGGUGUUCUGUGCUGGGUGCCUGACUCAGCAAGCUUUCUGCUUGCAUCAUGUCUUCCCAUCUAUCUGGUCAGAUGUGUAUCUCUGCCUGAAUGUCUCCUCUCAUCUCUCUUUAAUGCGUUCAUCAAUAGCUCAUACAGACCGGCCCGUGUCUCAGCUGCCUUUUUUCUUCUUCUAUUGCUAUAAAAGGCUCUUAGAUCAGCGCAGACAACGAUAUUUAUAUCUACAGGUCACUCAUUUACUUAGGGGACAGGGAACUCAAAGCACAUCAAAAGAGCAGGCCGGGCCUUGACUGGAGCGGCUUUGUGUAUGUGUGUGUGUUCAAAUUUAUGCGCUUUGAGGCUUGGCGGUUAUGAAAUGUUAAUUUCUGUGCAUAAAGCAUCAAUCCACAGCCUGAAACUUUCAUAUAAAUCAUACAAGCAUCUUUCUGUUGCAGCUUCAACGUGCCGUGGCUGUAAAGCGGGUCGUCCAGGACGUGCUGGACCGCUCGCCUCGCCUACAAGCGCUAACCCCCCCGAAAACAAGGGAGGUGGUGCAGUGGUGCCGGCAGAGAGGCUACACGCCGCCUGACCUUGAGCCCCAACGCCGGACUGAAGACGAAUCCAUCGAAGACAUCCUCACGCAGAUUGACAAUGAGCCUGGCGAGUUGAAAGUUUUGGGUUGUGUUUAUUGCGGGCAUAUUCGCUUGCUUAUGCACUUUCAGAUUCUUCUCAUUUUGGUUGCGAUCAAUAUUAUCUUCAGUGUUGCAUGUGUGGGUGUAGCGCCUCUGCAGCUUCCCAUUUGUCCAGUAAUGGUUUUACAAAGUUCAGUGGCGUGUGAGGAGGCCAGUGUGCAGCUUUUGUGUUUGUGUCUCUGCAUACUGUUUUAUUCACAGGGACUUCUCAUUAAUUCUGCCUUUUGUCUGUAAAGGGUGAGAGACUAGGCUUCUUAUCUCAGUGAGUCACACUCUCGCCCGAGCCAGACAAAAUGAUAAUUAUGCGUCCGUGUUCCCAUCAUCCCUCCUUCUCGCACAAAUAUCUUGAUUAACGCAGCAAUACAUGAAGCCGCUCAAAAAACUCCUGAUUCAGAUGCUCAUUCUGCUCCGCUCUCACAUUACUUAAUGUGAAAUUGUGCGUUUUAAUGUAUGUCCUCCUCUGGUCCGCAGAGUGUCCGACCACCCUGAGCAGCUGUGAGGAGCUGGUGCUGCGGCUGGAGCAGAUGCAAGCUCUCCUGAAGACUGAACCGGAGGAGGCAGACGAUGAAAUAGUCGAUAUUGUCACCGUCACUCCUCCCUGCCAGAAACUGAAGGUUAAAGAGGAGGAGCAAGAGGCUGACGCCGAGCCCAAGUUCUUCUUGGGACCCUGCACGUCAUCCCAGUUUGUCAGUGAAACAGCUCAGCAGGUCAGAAACCUCACAGGAGUUUAAGAAACUGGAUUUUGAACAGGAGGUGGCUUUAUCCCAUCUCUGUUUCUCUCUGAUGACUUCUCUGUCUGUUACAGAUCGGUGUGAACUUCCAGCCAGUCGAGGUGGAGAAGAAUGUGUUUGCCCCCGUAGUGGAAGCCAUGAUCCUGAAGGUCAGUCACGAAACUAACAUCACCUCACUAUGACUUCAAUGCACACUUGAAUAAUAUGAUAAAAAAUGCUGUGUGUAUGAGAUACACUCCAGAAAGUAGGUUUUCUGUGUGACUAAUAGAGAGUGUGUGUGUGCGUGCUUGUGUCCUGCAGGCCACUGAACAGUUUGCCAGCGAUGUCCUGAGAGAAGCUCUGGCUGGGGCCUAUGCCAAAUCCCCUCAGAACAGGUCAGCCUCUGUUUUUUGUAAAUUUUGUCCUCUCUAACAUGCAACCUGCUUUCUGCUCCACUUUUUUUAGACUUUCAUUGUAUCCAGCAUGAAUAUUCAGUAUUUAUACAGAGAUGAAUAUUUAAAAAACACACAGCAGUGAUUUUUAGCAUUGCAUUUGGUGACAUCAUAGGAGGGAAACAUGGCGCCUGUAGGAUGAGUCAGUCCUACAGUAACAGCACUUUUUCUGUAAACAGGCAUUAGAGUGCGCGUCAAAAUAAAGACAGUAAUGAUGGGAUUUUUACUGAUGUUAUUUUAAGAGUGAGUUUUUUUAUGUAUUAACAACAAAGGGUUCGAGACUGAGUAAGAGGAGGAUAAAAUAUAAAGCCAGCUGAAGCUUGUCGACAAAACAGUUUUAUUAGAACUAUUAAAUGAAACAAUUAGCUAGCUGUAACAUAGCUAGCUAUUAACCUUAAGACUGCUAAAAUAAAAGGUGUUAUGAUUACUUUAAAGGUAUAUUCCAGCAUAAAAUUAAGUUAGGGUCAAACACACCGUAACAUCGAGUUAGACACCCCCUUGAGAGAUGAAUGUUGCCGACUGCUUGUUUCUCUAGUUAUACCAACUUUAGUAAUAAUGGUCAGAACAGCACCUAACUUCAUCAACAGUACAUAUAGGGUCCCAGCCAUAGUACUAGCCACCAAACAUCUUUUUAACUUUGCCUGAUUUCUUUAGCAAAGAGACCAAACACAACUCACCUACUCUCUUCCAGCAGCCACUUGUUCGUAGGCAGAGCUCGUCCAUUACGGACUGCAGUGGGGUGACGCAGCUCAAGGAACAACAUUUAUGAUCAUUUCUUCAUUAAAAUGCAAUCAGACCAAGACGCUAAGGCAGAAGAACUAUUGCAUCUGCAGUGCAAAAUGAUUAAUAUGGUGAUUAUUACUUCAAGGAAAUAAUAAGGUAAUGAUCAAUAAAUGUUCUUUCUUGAGCUGCGUCACCCCGCAGUAGUCCGUAAUGGACUGGCCUGAGGUCUCGCUACAAACAAGCUGCUAGAAGAGAGUGAGUGAGCUGUGUUUGGUCUCUUAGUUUAAGAAAUCAGGCAAAGCUGGUGCUGUGGCUGGGACCCUAUAUGUACUGUUGAUAAAGUUCGUUGCUGUUCUGAGCAUUAUUUGUGGCUAUAGAGGGGCUUUGUGCUUGAGGUGUGCAUGUGGCUCCUCAGACCGCUGUGUAUUGUUAUUGUGCGGUCGUUACUAAAGUUGGUAUAACUAGAGAAGCAGGCGGUCGGCAACAUUCAUCUCUUGAGGGGGUGUCUAACUCUUUGACCCUAACUUAAUUUUACACUAGAAUAUCCCUUUAAGCUGUCUUGUAUUUUUUGUUCUCGAGUAUUAAGAGCACUUAAAAUCCGAACUUUGCAUUCUUUUGGUUUGCAGGGCUCCAAGAGAAAUCACAGCGAUGAACAUCCACCAGGCGGUCGGCAGCAUCCCCACCUGUGACUUCCUCACCAACACACACAUGGGUUACCUGUCUAAAGACAACUAAAGUAGAGUGCCACCUAGAGGUGACUGACACCUACAGAGAUGUUAGGACUGUGAGCGGCUCUGAUUUGGGAAGAUUUACAACUGGAUGUCGCCCAAGGUUGUGCAAUGAUUAGUAACGUCUGCAUUCAGAAACUUGACCACAGAAGUGCUUUGUGUGUUUCUCACAGCAGCAGAAUAACACUUUUUUAAUUUUCAAGCUAUAUUGUAACAUUAAACUGUUUUGAGCAGAUCCGCAGUGGAGGACUGGGGUCAUUAUACAAGGUUGUGGUGCUCCAACUCACCUCUGAACAACAUUAUUUCAGUUUGACUUAGAGGACCUAAUACUAUUCAUGUUUACCAGCAGGGGUGGAACAUAGAAAUACAGAAUCUAGACUCUCUGAAAACAUCUCCAUCACUACAGACAUCCUUUGUUGCAUCUCAGUGUAAUCUGGCAGAGGUAAUUAUGGUUCUAAGCGCUGCUGUUUGAGGCGCUUCACAAAAAGGUAACUGACUCAUGUUUCUAAACUGCAGACAGAUUAUGUCACUGAGAUCUUCAUCAAGUCGGAAAUUCAGUGUCUGUGUUGAAGUCUGAGGAGUGAAUAAUACUGUCAUUAUGAGUCCAAAACAUCGCUCUCAGUAUUUAUCGUCUCCUCGACACAAACGUGGUCUGACAUCUUGUUAAAAUGCUUGUAAGUGUCCUCUUUAACAACUGUAACGUAUCACUCAUAUGUAAUAUGACCAAUAUGAAAUGGGACAGUGUUUCAGAAGCUUUUAUUUUUUUAUCUGAUAUAAAGAACUGGUCAUAUUAAUGCUCCAAUAACUGUGAAUGUGUGUGAAUAAACGUGUGAAUGCACAGCAGUUUGUGAGUUUGAUGCUCAGUGUGUGUCCUAUGUGAGCUAAUGUUGUGUCGGUUAUUUUGAAUGAUGUAGAGCUGUGCGGUAUGUUAUUAAGUGGAUGAUUAGUGUUUGUUUUGAGUGGUUGUGAAGUCUGCUUGACCAAAAUAGCACAGGAGAAACCCAAAUGUUGUGUCUGAGUGAACCAAAAAUAUCAAUAUUCUUGUAAUAAACAAAAAAAUCUGGUUUCUGAAACAUGAAUUGUUAUUUUUUUAACCUUGGCUUUCUGGUGUUCCUACGAGAGUGCCAUUUAUAUCAACCCAUUAAAAACAGACCCAACCGCAUUUACAAUUUUUUUUUCCCAUAUCCCCUGCUGCAUUGAGUCACCAAAGAAGCUCUUUGUGUUUGUUAUACUAUUUCAUCUCUGAUUGCAAACUUUGCUGCCAACUCGUCUAUUUUUAAGUGUUCAUAUGCUGCAAAAACAGCCCAUUUCAAACAGUCUCAUGGUCAGGUAGUAAAACCCUGGGUUGAUUGAUAUUUAGCUUUGUGUGACUGCUUCAUCAGUUUUAAGUGAAGAGCUGCCAGAAACUAUAGAUCAGCUGGAUUUGUUAGUUGAAAAAGGUACAAUAAUCGGCAAACCUUACCUCUAAUGCUUUUGUGGUUGAUUGAAAUGGACCUCCGGAUGACUAGUAACUCCCUUAAAGGGAUCUUCCGGCAUAAAAUUAAUUUUGAGUCAAACACACCAUAACACUGAGUUAGAGACCUCAGGCCAGUCCAUUACAGACUACAGCGGGGUGACG